AUGACCAGGACCAACAGGUUGCCGGGAGGGGACGACAAGCACGACUACCGCACCAGGCAGCCGCACCACCGAGCAUCGCCAACGCCGCGCGCCAGCGCCAACUUCAACCGCAAGUGCCCGAGCAUGGACACCACUGACGAUAUCCGGCAGCCACCUCCCGUGCCAAAGCCUCGACCACCACUCCGCCGCUCCAAGGUGGUGUCUUCAAGAAGAAAAACGACGCCGGAGCGCCGUCACCACCCAAUCCGGAGAUUUGGGGCUUUCACCCGUGACGAGGAAGGGAGGGCAAGGGGGGGAUUACGAAGCCGCCUUCAAGAAGGGGAACAACGCCGGAGUGUCGCCGACAUCGUGGCCGCAGCGAACAGCCAAGGGGUUUCCCCCAAUCCACCCCCCCCCCGAGAGGAAGCACCAUCGCCAGAUCUGCUCCAAGGGCAAACGGGGAAGCCCCAGGAGCCAGCCACGCUCACCGCCAAUCCGCCGCCCACGCGGCCAGAAGCGGCGCUCCCGGCAUCUGCAUCAGCCACCCGCCGAAGGGGGGCCGACGCGCUCCACCGUCGGCCGCCGCCACCACGCCAGGCGCAACCGCGCGGAACCGAGCACCACCGAGCCCAACGCGCGCUGCCGCCAGGCACCGGCCCCGCCACCGCCGCCCGCUGCAGCGCCGUCACUCCCUCGGCCAGCGCCACGCCACCGCCCGCUGACCCCGACCCGCGUCGGCCCUAG